AUGCACAGGCGCACCGCGGUCGUCGCCGGCAUCGCUGGCGUCGCCAUCUCGGUACUCGCACCUGGCGUCCUAGCCCGGCUGUGUGGGCCGCGGUUCUGCGGCCGCCGUCUCCUCGCCACCCGGCCGGCGCGAGCGACGGCGUCGGAGUGCAAAGGCGACUCCACUCCUAACACCGUCCUCCACCUGAACGCUGCGGGCGCGUCGCCGAUGCCGACGGAGGCGCGCGACGCGAUGGUUGGCUAUCUCGAGUACGAGGUCGAGGUCGGAGCGUACACAGCGCAGAAGAAGCGUCCGCACGCUGCCCGGGAGGCGCUCGCAACGCUGCUGCGCUGCGACGUGGAGGAGGUCGCGCUGCUCGACUCGGCUCAGGCAGCAUGGGCGCGCGCUUUCUACUCUCUCAACUUCACCUCCUCCGCCGACCGUAUCCUGUGCUUUGCCUCCGAGUACGCGGGCAACGCGGUGGCCUACUUGCAGAUGGCCAGGCGAACGGGCGCUCGCAUCGAGGUGCUGCCGAUGCGCACCGACGGGAUCGCUGACGUACCCGCGCUCGAGGCAGCCCUGCAGCGGACGACGACGAGUGAGCGAGCCGAGAGGCCGGGGAGGACGCUGGUGGCGCUCACGCACAUUCAGACGAGCGAGUCGAUCGUCCAGCCGGCAGCGGCCGUCGGGGCGCUGUGCGAGAGGUACGGCGCCGUGUUCCUGCUCGACACAUGCCAGUCGGUCGGCCAGCUGCCGGUCGACGUGCGCGCGCUCGGCUGUGACUUUGCGUGCGGGACCGGUCGCAAGUGGCUCCGUGCGCCGCGCGGCACCGGCUUCCUGUACGUGCGGCGUCGGGCGCUCGACGAGGCGACGCGAUCCGGCUCGACGAGUCUGUUUGGCGAGCCGCCGCUCAUCGACCACUCGGGCGCCGUCUGGUCCACGCCGGACAGCUACACGCUGCUGCCCGAUGCCAAACGUUUCGAGAUGUGGGAAGCGGACGAGGCCGCUCGCCACGGGCUCGAAGCAGCAGCCGUCGUGUGCCGCGCCACCGGCCCAGCGCGCAACUUUGCCCACGCGACGCGGCUGGCGGCGCGGCUGAGGUCCGGCCUGGCGGCCAUCCCCGGGUGUGUGAUCCGCGACGCGCCGCCGAGCUUCGACGAGGAGGUGGCUCGCAGCUUGGGCGCGGCGCGGUGCGCCAUCGUCACCUUCGAGGCAGAGUCCACCCUCGGUGUCCGAUCGGCCGACCUCCACUCCGCGCUCGAGGCGCGAGGCAUCAGCGUCUCGGUGUCGCCAUCGACCCACCACUUCGAGCCUGCCGCCCGCGCACGCCCCUCCGUCGUGCGCAUCAGCCCGAGCUACAUCAACGCGGAGUCGGAGAUCGACACCGCCCUUGCCGCCAUCGCCGAGGAACUCGCACGGCUGGCGGAGAAGGGAGCUUGA